AUGCGUACUUCUCGAGCUUCCAAAGAUACUGCCAAGGUCCUGCAGGCCUUGUCGCCCCCUGCGCGCCGACAGACCCGCUCCUCCCACGCCCUCAGUCUGCUCAGAGACUUCGCCUACAAUGGCGGUGGUCCUGCCGCUGCAUCCAUCAGUGAUGAUGACACCUCGUCACUCUCCUCGGUGCCUACAGUGGAUAUCGAGGAUCUCCUGGAACCGCCAGCGAAGCGCCGGAAAAGCGCAUUGAGCGCUCCGCGGAAGACAAGCACGCGUUCUUCUAGACGGGUAGCUGAGAGGCCUGCAUCUAUAAAAAAAGAGCUAGAGGAAAAGCCUGUUCGAGCGCGUCGGGUCCCUGCGCGCAAAAUCAAACGGGAGAGUGGCGACUACACAGUCGAACCACCCUCUAACUGGGAAACCAUGUACGCAAUGGUCAAGAAGAUGCGAGAAGAGAAUCCCACUGCCCCAGUUGAUACAAUGGGUUGUGCCGAACUCUACUGGCGCGCGUCAUCUCCUCGGGACCGUCGAUUUCAAACCCUGAUUGCGCUGAUGCUAUCCUCCCAGACAAAAGACACCGUCACAGCCGUUGCUAUGCAGCGGUUGCACACAGAGCUUGGUGAUCAAGCCGUGAUUAUCGUGAAGAAAGAACCCGACGAGUAUAAAUGGAAGCCAACCGAGCAGGUCAAGGAUAGCACUCUAAACCUGGAAAACAUCCUGGCCGUUGCCCCAGAGCGUCUCAACGAGCUGAUCCGCACCGUGGGAUUUCACAACAACAAAACCAAGUAUAUCAAGGCCGCCGCUCUCAUCAUCCGCGACCAAUAUGACUCAGAUAUCCCUUCGACUGCCCCUGAAUUGAUGAAGCUGCCCGGAGUCGGCCCGAAAAUGGCGUUCCUCUGCAUGAGCGCUGCCUGGGGCAAGCACGACGGCAUUGGCGUUGAUGUCCACGUCCACCGAAUCACCAAUCUAUGGGGCUGGCACAAGACGAAGAAUCCGGAAGAAACGCGCAUGGCAUUGGAGUCCUGGCUGCCGAAAGACAAAUGGCAUGAGAUUAACAAGCUGCUGGUCGGAUUGGGCCAGACGGUCUGUUUACCAGUAGCUCGGAGAUGCGGGGAAUGUGACCUUGCAGGGACCAAACUUUGUAAAAGCGAAAUCAAAGGACUAGUGUCCAGGAAGCGGAACACACGUCUAAUAUCGUUUGUGGACUUGCCGGAGAACAUCAAGAAAAAGAUCUUCGAGUACGUGGGGUUGCUGCGGCCUUGUCUGAUCAACAUCUCCUUUGAGCAGGUUCGCAGCAAGCUGGACCGUGGCCUCUGUUCUAGACCCAAUGAGCAACGGGCUCCCCGCGGUGGGUGGACUGCGUCGUGGACUUCCUUCUACGAAGGACCCUGUGACCACCCCAAGUUGCCCAUCGAGGUCUUUCAAUCAUGCCAGGCUUUUCGUGAGGAUGCAGGCGCCCUCUUCUUUGCCCACAAUCGCUUCAGUAUGCUUCUGUACAGCAAGUCGGACUUUGUCACCUUCCGCACAUCGAUGGAAUGGGGCAUGCAUCACAUGAGAUACUUGCACCUGGAUUUGGGUCCUCGGGACAACCGGUUUCUCAAAAUCGCACCCGGUGUCCAUCGUACCAUCCUGAAAAUGUGGGUGGACUUUUGUGACAUGUCGCGGACCCAGAUGCCUAGUUUGAGGUAUUUUAGUAUGAAAUGCAAGGUCCGUGAUCUCGAGGUGGCUUGCAAGCUCAUGUGCAUGAUGGAUCCUUUUCCGGCUCUCUUCCACUGUGCCUUUCAUCUCGGUCACACUCAGGAUGAUGAUAUCCGGCCGGUUAUCAAGCGAGCUGCGUGGCGACUGACGGAUAACCUGCCCAAUAAGCCUCCCUUUCAGUUCAGCCGUCUUCCGAAAGAGAUUCAGUUGAUGGUGCUCGAGGAAAUCCUGCUCAAUCGCUCCGAUCCCACCCUGCAGCCGUCGGAUUGCGCACCGGGAAUCAUCACUUUCCAAGACCGAAAGCGUUCGCGGAUCGCCAUGUUUCAUUCCCUGACCUGCUGUGGCACCUGCUCACCUCUCAAGGCCAUGUGCUUCUGCUAUGCACGUCAAACCGCGUUCUCCACCAGCUGCACCUGCUUUUCGUCGCCCCUGCCGUAUUUCCUGGUCAGCCGCGAGUUCUAUGAGAAUGCUCGUCGCAUCUUCUUCACUAAGAACAAGUUUGCCUUUGUGGAGGAGGAUCCGGAAUACAUGAUGCGUUUCUUGCAUUAUAUUCCAACGGCGUCCACGCUCCUGAUCCAGCAUCUGUCGUUCAAGUUUCCAGUUUGCUACCGGAGCGCUCCACGGACCGGGCCUCGUUCUGAGGAUGCAACGAUGCUUUCUUGGUCGGUGCUGCGGCGCUUCAUCCGAGAACACUUUGACCUGUCGCGCCUGUCCGUGAAGAUUGUGGACCUGGGCUUGAAGGGGGCCGUGGUGUACUCACAGGAGAACCGCAAGAGAUACCUGCGUAAGCUGCUGUUUGCGUUUUCUGAUCUGGCGGGGCUGCGGGAAUUUCGCGUGUACCUGGCGGAUGACCAUAUCUUUGAGAGAGAGGCAGAAACGGCUGUUCUCGGACCGAUUCGCGUGGAAAGAAAACGUCCUGGGGUGCCGUUUAUCAGCAGACAGUACCUUGAAAGCGUGUCAGUCUGAUGGAUCUUUUUUUUGCCGCGGUGUCAGUUGUUGUUGUCUUCCAGCAACUCCGGCUCUCUGUCGCGUCUUGAUCUACCGACGGCUCUGUUGUUCUUCUGCUGCCUCAUUUGUCAUCUGCUGAUGGCUUUGUGGCUUCUCUUUCUGUACAGCAUCGUCGGUCUCCACAACUGGUCUUGGGAGGGAUAGUUGCAGUUAUUGCGUGAGUUCACGUUCGUGGGGCUCACAGGAAAGGAGGUUCUCUGCUUUAUUUGAAAAUAUUCUGAUCUGUUUUUCAUGUUUUUGCCUUGUUGCUUUGUGUUCAGCUGGUCUCGGCGGCUGGUUGUCUCCGCGAGGACUGGAGAACAAGCCUGCAGGUGUGUUCACUAAUGUCCUCUGAGCGGGCGAGCUGCUUGACUGUCAAGCACAAGAACAGGCCACAAUUAUUGACCAGCCACAGGCGGUCUCAUUUACUUAAUCAAAUUAAUCC